AAAGUUUAGCAGCAGGAACUCGGGCGGCAACAGUGCGGAGCCGGCGGCACCGGAGCGCAGCCGCGCUGAGCCUAGGCGCCCCGGUGCCCGGCGGGGGCCGGCGGCGACCGUGCCAUGCGGGGCUCCCCCCCGGCGGCGGCGGGGCGGGAGGGCAGCGGCGCCCCAUGCUGCUGGGGCGGCCGGGCGGCGGCUGACACCAUGUGCGCCCGGUGCCCGGGGCGAGGAGCGGGGAGCAGCCAUGUCCCCCCCCGCCCAGCCCGGGGUGCCGGGCGGGCGCGGCUCUAAGGUGCCCCCGGCGCGGAAGCUCCUCUGCAUGUGCAGCCUCUCCCUCUGCCUCACCUACCUGUGCUACAGCCUCAUGGGGGGCACCGGCCCGGGCGCCCUGCGCUCCCCGGCCGCCCUCUCCGGCACGGCGGCCCCGCGCUCCCCCGCCGCGCUCCCCGGCACGGCGGUCCCCGGGGCGCCGCGCUCCCCCGCCGCGCUCCCUGGCACGGCGGCCCCGCGCUCCCCCGCCAGUCCGCCGGGCAGCUCCAGCGCCCCGGCCCCCUCCGCGGCUCCGACUCGGGCCUCCAACAGCAGCCGGGAAGGGGCGGCGGGCGCCUGGCUGCGGACGCCGCUGGCCCCCGGGGAGGUGAUCACGGCGCAGAGCGGAGCUUUCGAGAGGGACCCGCAGGAGUCGAGCACAACGGACGAGGAGCUGAGCCGGGCCGGCAGCCCGGGGAGCCGCGGCGGCGGCGGCAGCACCACGCCGGACUACGGGGAGAAGCGGCUGCCGCAAGCCCUCAUCAUCGGGGUGAAGAAGGGGGGGACGCGGGCGCUGCUGGAGGCCAUCCGGGCGCACCCCGACGUACGCGCCGUGGGCACCGAGCCCCACUUCUUUGACAGGAACUACGAGAAGGGGCUGGAGUGGUACAGGAACGUGAUGCCCAAGACGCUGGACGGCCAGAUCACCAUGGAGAAGACGCCCAGCUACUUCGUCACCAAUGAGGCCCCCAGGCGCAUUCACUCCAUGGCUAAGGACACAAAGCUGAUCGUGGUGGUGAGGAACCCGGUCACCCGGGCCAUCUCGGACUACACGCAGACGCUCUCCAAGAAGCCGGAGAUCCCCACUUUCGAGGUGCUGGCCUUCAAGAACCGGACCCUAGGGCUGAUCGAUGCCUCCUGGAGCGCGAUCCGCAUUGGGAUCUACGCGCUGCACUUGGAGAACUGGCUCCAGUACUUCCCCCUCUCCCAAAUCCUUUUUGUCAGUGGCGAGAGGCUCAUCACUGACCCGGCCGGGGAAAUGGCCAAGGUCCAGGACUUCUUAGGCCUCAAGAGGAUUGUGACAGAGAAACAUUUUUACUUUAAUAAAACCAAGGGGUUCCCCUGUCUAAAGAAGCCAGAGGACAGCAGUGCUCCCCGGUGCUUGGGCAAGUCCAAGGGUCGAACUCACCCCAAAAUAGACCCAGAUGUCAUCCACAGACUGCGGAAGUUUUACAAACCGUUCAAUGUCAUGUUUUACCAAAUGACGGGCCAAGAUUUCCAGUGGGAGCAGGAAGAAAGUGAUAAGUAGAACCACGAAAUCAGGAAAAAAGCUCUUUUCUUUUGAGAUGCAAAUCAUUGUUAGAGACCCAAAACUCACGCGGGGCUAGAGGCUCAGCCAUGCGAGCGCAAGCACCUUGCGCUGUCAGGGUUGCAGCCAAAGCUGCCCUGCCUUUCCGGCUCCGAAACCUUAGUGACACGUCACCUUGGGUUGCACUCCCCCUGUGACGCUGAGGGAUCAGGGGGCAGGUGGGAGGAGGAGAAAGUGGAGGGAGAGGGGCUCCUCGGGGCGAUGGGAUGCUUCAUGUUGUUCACUGCUGGUGUCCCCCUCGCAGCCAGGCAGGCAUGACCAGGACCUCCUGCCAUGGCUAGCUGAGGAGGGUGGCUCACAGAACCCAGCAGCACUGGGACAAACCAACAGAUUUGAUUUCUCCUGCCCUGGCUUUUAGUUUUGCCCAAACAGCAGCAUCAGACAUGGUAAAUUCAGGACACGUGCAUUCACAUGCACGCUGGUAUUUGUGUGUGGAAGGAAUAAAGCCAGUUAUGCUGCAAAGGAACUAUGUAUAGAAACUUCAUUUGCACCAGAUGUUUCAAUUACUUGUUGCACUAAAACUAGUAUUUACCAAGUGCCACAAAACACCUGGGCCAGAUUCUCCCCCAACAGAUGGGUAUGACACCGCUGUUGGAAGAGAGUUGUUCCUGCUUUACUGGGAUGCUCAGUGAGACCGGAGCCCCCCUGCUCCUCCUGGAAGCUGUACCGAAGACCCUUCCCAGGCACCCGCUCGGACCGAGCCGGGUUCUCUCUGCCCAUUCGGGCUGCCGAGGCGCAGUGCAGAGCCAUGCGUGCCCGGCAGCGCAUCCCGGCAAGGCCGUGCCAUUCCCUGCUCUGGGCUUUGGAGCCGGGCAUUCCUGGUGGGAACCGAGGGGGUGACUGCAGGGCAGGGGCAUGGAGGGGGGGGGACAGCCCCAGCCUAGGGUUUGGGCAGGGCUGACCCCUGGCACUGCCCUUCAUUUGCACCUUGAAAACAAGAUCUCUGCUGCUUGCUGUUGGCGGCUGGGUGAGCAAACUGGGGAAGCAGCCUUCAUCUUUACUUCAGAAUUACAAAAAAGCAAUUAAUUCCCAGGGUGAGCACUGCUCUGCACAAAAAAAAUGUGCGCUUUCUAGUGGAAAUGACGAAGUCAACCAAAUUUGCAAAUCCUGGUGAAACUGUAGAAGAAACCCAUUGCCCAACUGGAUCCUCCAGCAGUGUGAUGAGAGCUGCAUGCUGGAACCAGCGCAGAGCAGGACAGCAGCUCUUUGACGCAGCUGCACCAAUUCCAGCUCCGUAACUGAGAGAAAAACAGUAAGAGAGGGAACAAAAGGAAAAAAUACCGUUGCUGAAAUGUUCCCUUCGCACGGGCGAUUUCUAAGGGCACUCGAAUAUUGCUGGGCGCUGUCUUUGUUUUAAUGAGAGGUAAGGACGCCUCCCAGGUGGAGCGUAGCUGUGUGAGAGUCCCCUGUCCCCUUUCGGGUGCCAGGUCCCUGGCUGUUGGGAAGCAGCAGAGGUUCAGCGUGGGAUCGUUCUGGGAGGACCAAGACUCAGUUUUGAUCGAGGAAUCCCUACUGAUCCAGCUAACCGAGUGAAAUCGCCGUUAGGUUUGGUAAGAAGCUGAACAUGCUCCGGGUUUCACGGCCUCUCCUGUGGUUCCUUACACCGUGGAGUGGUGCUGGUGCCUUGGAUUGGAUGAAAGAAGAGCUGAAGCCAUUUGGAAAAUUUACACCGCGGGCCAUGCGGGGGGGGGCACCGCAAGGUCCCUGCUAACGCCGUGUCAGUUCCUAUUAGCCUGAUUAGAUUUAAAAACAGCUCCUGACAUAACACGGUUUUUCACAGACCCACAAAUCCCAAAAUUAUUACAUGAAAAUUGGAAGCAUGUAAUAGGAAUAAUUUUACAGUGUUUCACACGUUAUUAAAGUGUCAGAUCGGCUCCUAAGCGAAAACUCUUGUUAUACAAUUUGGUGCAAGCUGCUUGAUGGAUUCAGUUGGAGGAUGAGGGGCUCACUGAGUCCCAGUGUCCAGGCUCCUCACCGACGGGAUAUCCAGAAUUUUUUCCCUGUUCCCAGCGUGCUGCAGCCCCAACACCAUGGCGGGCUGGCCCUGACGGUGCUGAGUGGAGCCUGCCAGUGGACACGGUGGGACUGGUGGCCCUGGCUGCCUGCUGGAGGGGCUUGGCUGCGGGGGGAUGCCAUCCCAGCUCGUGGCAUCGCCGGGACCUGGGAGGUUGGCAGCUGUGUGUGACCGUGGUUGUUAACGGUUCUCAGCAUGGCACCGUGCAUCACCUCCACGGCCAAAGCUUGGACUCUCGCAGCCACCAUCCACAGCUUAACCAGGAGCAGUAUCUCCAAGCAAGGUCUCCUUGAGCUUGAAAGAGUCCCUCAAAACCUCCAUCUCCACCCAGCAAGUGUCCCUGCACACCCCAGCCCCUGCUUGGUCUGGUCUCAGCACUGCCCCAUGUCUCCCUGGGUAUCUCCAGCCACCUUCUCCCAGGAAGAGCCUCUGGUGUCCGACUGCCAUCAAGCCACCUCUUCUCAUCAUGCCCACUGCUGUAAGGACAGGAGAUCCGAAAACGCAUCUUUGAGAAUUACAACGCAAUGAAGCACCUCGUUAGGGAAGUCGCUGUGUGCGGCUGGGAAGGAGCGUCUAUCCUGCACUGGGAUGAAGCCGAGUCAUGCCUGGGGCUCAGUCCUGCAGCUGGAAGCAGGCCCUGGAGAAGGGCUCCCAGGGGAGGAGUCCCAGAGCUGGGCACAGCCAGCCCUGGCCCCCCCGGCCCCCCAGGAGGGGCCACCCCAUGGUUUACAGAAGCAGGGCUGGCCACCGGAGAUGCUGGGCCUGACUCUUGCUCCCAUUCUUUCUGCCAUAUAUUCAGAGGUUUAUUUUUUAUAUCGGCUGCAAUCUCUGUCUGGGACAGGAGAAGAUGCCCCGCUCCUCCGCCCUGAGCGUCUGCCCCGCAGACACCCACCCGCCCCGCUGCACGCCCCCGCAGUGCCACCAUCCCCUUCCCAGCGCUGGGAGAGAGCAGGGACACACCAGCCACCUUGGGGGGGGGGAGGGAGGAGCUGGGGACACAGGCAGCAUGGGGGGGGUGUCCUCUUGGGGGGGUUAUUUUUUUUUUCUGAAAUGCACCCCGUGUCUGCUGUGCUAAUGCAGGGGCUUGGCAGGGGAAUUAUUUUCUAUCUAUCUGGCCGGAGAGUGGCCUGCCAAACGAGAAGGAGUCAGGUUAAUAACACUUUUUUUUUUUUUAACUAUUCAAAUGUCCGCAUUAGAAUACACAGGAAAUUGAAUUUUGUAUUUGAUUUCAAUUAGCAAAGCAUAAAUUAUAUUUAAUUUUAUACACAGACUGGGUGAUUCAUUGUUCUGGAAAAGCUGGUACUUUAUGGUUCAGAGACUGGAAAUGGAGAGUUAGUCUUUUCUGAAACCAAACUGCUGUGCUGUCGCCUUCUCCCAAACGCGUCUCUGUCUGUCGGUGUCACUCUGUACCUGAACAAUAUGAAAAUCCUGAACUGAACACUUGAACCCACAGCACUAAACAAUAAAACGUUGUAGCAGCCGCAUUUCUCUG